AUGCUCUGGCUCACUGCCUUUUUACUCAAAAUUACUUACUAACAAACUCUUUUUUAUUCUGCAUUCACUGACACUACUUUGACAAAUUCUGAAAGUACUAAAUUUAUUAACAUAAGAUUGGUCAUUUGUUGGAGCUGACCCUCUUAGUGUAAUCUAACUAUGCGGUACUUAUAGCAUAGUAGGAGGAUUCGAAAAAUUUGCAUUUGGAGUAGCUGCUACUAAAUUCUUAUAAUUACCUCCUCAUUAUAAAAUGAAAAUUACAAUCACUUUUUUUGUGUAUUCUAUUUUAUUAAUAUCAGAAUUGAUACUUGGGAUGCUAAUGAAUAUUGCCAUUUGUACGUAGAUGAGAAUUUAGUGUUCAAAUAACUAUACGAUUAUUCAUAAGGUCAAGCUCACAUUUGUGGCUAAACAGGAAAUCAUCGAUAAGAUUCCAUCCAAGAGAUCUAGACGGAAUUUCUACAUAGUGGAGCAACGGCAUUCAUUGAACUAACCACUACUUUGGAUUAAAUUCCUUUUGAUGUAUAAAAUAUUCCUAAAGUAGGAAUCUUGGGGAUUUAGGAAUUUCAGACUUUUCCUUUACCUUUGUCCAUCUGGCUGUCUUACUUGCACUUAUGAAAAUUCUUAGGCAGAAUGUCAAACCUGGAUCAUCACUAACUCAUUUUAUACUGACAUCCAAUACAGCUCGUUUUCAACUAGUGGGUGGAACGUUCUCAAUGGAGAUUCGACAAAAUAAUAAUGCUCAAGUAAAGACCUCAAUUAAAAUAGUGAUUCCAUCUGUUUGCGGUUAUGGCGUGUGUGGGAAAGACACACAACUGACUAUUACCUUUGUUUAGCUGCCAUUCCAUACAAGAAUGAAAAUUAAAUUCAAAUAUCUCAAAAUAGAUAGUUGGGAAUUAAGUGAUUAGGCUAUUUUAUAUGUGAAUCAAAAUCUUCGAUGGAAGAAUAGCUUAUCCGUAUUUGACUAAUAUUUAUAUGGAGUAUGUGGAGGAUCAGCUUAAGAAAGUUUUAUCAAUGUCGAGCUUACCUUUCCACAUUACUUAACAUUCUCAACAAUUACUUUUUCAAAUACAUUAGAUCAAGCUCAGACUGAUGAAUCAUUUGGAAUUAGAGAUAUUGAAAUUUUUGUGUGUAAAUAGUUUAUCUCUAUAUUUAUAGAAUAAUCAAUAUGUGGAGAUAAAAUUGUUCAAGAAAAUGAAGAAUGUGAUGAUGGCAAUUUGGAGCCAUUUGAUGGAUGUUUCAAUUGUGUUUAUUCUUGUGCAGACGGAUGUUCAAUAUGUAAUUAAGGCACUUGCCUAGGAUGCUAUUCUGGUUGGCUUUAUAUACGAUAUGCAUCAACUUGUGAAAAAGUCUCUAAGAUUACUUAAAUAAACUAAGAUACAUAAAUUGCUUAAUCUUAAUCUUUAUCAAUUUGUUAUGAUUAUAUUGAAGGGUGUUAAGAAUGCUUAGGUGGAACCUGCAUUUUAUGUAAAUAAGGAUACUAAUUGAAACAUUAAGUAAACGUUUGUUAAUCUAUUUGUGGAGAUAAAAUAAUAACAAUCGAUGAGGAAUGCGAUGGAUACAACUGUAGUUAGUGUAAUUUCUAUUGCCCAGACUUUUGCGAUAUAUGUGAGUUUGGAGUUUGUUAAGUAUGUUAACAAGGUUAUUACUUCUAAAAUAAUCAAUGCAUUAAAUAAGAGACAGCAAGUUUAUGUUAACCUUAAUGUGAACUUUGCAUAGAGAGUGUUUGCUACAAAUGUCAAUAUGGACACAAUCUCGUUUUGGGAUAGUGUUAAGAGAUUUGUGGAAACAAUAGCUUAGCAGUUUAUUCUCUUGAGGAGUGUGCCUGUAAUCCAUACUGCUCUGAUUGUAGAUUUGGAUUUUGUUUUUAAUGCGGUGAAUCCUACCAAUUAAUAAAUAAUACAUGUAUAAGUAAGUGCGGGGAUAAGAUUGUUUAAGAAAAUGAGGAAUGUGAUGAUGGGAAUGAAAUAGAAUUUGAUGGAUGUUACAAUUGCCAAUUUUCAUGUUCCUUAAAUUGCUAAGAUUGUUAAUAAGGCAUCUGUUUAGAUUCAUGUUAAUAUGGUUACCACCUUGUGAAUGACAUUUGUAUGACAAUUUGUGGAGAUAUGGUAGUAGCAGGAACUGAAUAAUGCGAGGAUGGCAAUAAAAUUAGUCACGAUGGAUGUUAUCAGUGUUAGUAUUCAUGUCCACUUGAUUGUAGUGAUUGUAUCCAUGGGCAAUGUUUAAUGUGUGAUGCAGGAUUUGUGUUGUAUGACAAUUUUUGUACCAACAUCUGUGGAGAUGGAAUCCUAUCAAAUUUAGAAUAGUGUGAUGAUGGAAAUCAAAGCGAUGGAGAUGGAUGUUCAUCGGAUUGCUUUGUAGAAAAUAAUUGGAUUUGUAAAGUUGAUGGGGAUUGCACUUAUGUUAAAUAUCCUACCAUUAUCUCUGAAUAUAUAAUGCAGAAGAACCAAUAUCAAUAUGUUUAAAUAUCAUUCUCUUAACCAGUAUAUACGUAAUCAAGCAUCAACUAUUUAUAAACUAUCAAACCAGCAAUUGUUGAUUUGAAUGAAACCCUAUUUAACAUCACUAUUAUGGAAGUUUAAGCAGCAUAGUAGGACAAAGCAACUGAUGUACAAUAUAUGUUGUAAAUUGAAAUAUUCAAGAGUCUAGAUUAUUAUCCCAUCUUAGAAAUUAUGUUAACUGAGCAAUUAUAUAACGAUAAUCAAGCUCCCUUGAUGUAUAUGAUCGAUUAUUUGUAAUUGAAGUAGCCAAAUUAUAUAACUGAAGAAUAAGUAUAAAUUGCCAGCGCUUUCCAACAAAUAAAUGAAGUUACAGUUAAGUCGUUAUGUCUCCUCACUAUUUUAUUAAUGCUGUUAGGAAAUGCCCUGUCGUUCUGGGGGAUCUUGGAUGCCCUCUAAGAGCAAUCGUAUCUCAAAUACAUUAAUGUCUUAUACCCUUAAACAUUAAUAAUUUAUUUCACCUCAAGUUAAGUGUUAUCAAUUUAACCAGCUUUAGAUACCAUUACACUUUACAAAAACGAAGGUAAAUUCCUGCAGUUCCCUUACUUGUCAUCCUAUGAGAAGUUUGAGUUUUACGAAGUUAACGCUGAUAUAGCAGAAGGCUUUAGAGUGGAAGUGCUUGUCUUUGCAACUCUUUUUGGUUUCUAUUUGGGUACAUUAUCUGCAGUAAAGAUCCUUUCAAAAAUGGAACUUUGGGAAUUCUUGUAGACACAGCCUAAAUUAGUUAGGUUGAUCUAAAAAGUAAAAAGGAAAGUGAAUGCUAAAUUGAGAGAUGCGAAAGGAGAUUCUUUGAAAGAUACGUUACGUGCUUGUACUUGGGAUCUAUUAUUUAUGGCAUUAUUGGAAUUAAACGUUCCUCACAAUUAUUAAAACCCAAGAUCAUAUAUUUGUAUUUUGAUUGCUAUUUCAAUUCUAAUAGCAACUCUAGUUAUACUGUUGAAUUAAGUCUCAGGACUGAAAUCAUGGAAAAAACAAAACUUCUAUCAAUUUUGGCAAUAAAAAAGAGACAUCUUUUAGGUUACUAAAAAAUUUCUCAUCCUUUUUGUCCUAGUAUUCUGUUAAUAUCAAUAAGAACUUCAAACUAUGAUUCUGACUUUGAUUAACGCUUUCUACUUGUUAUACGUAAUUCAUUUCAAGCAUUUUGAGGAUAGCUUAGAAUAUGUCAAAUCUAUUAUAAUGGAGACUUCAUUAACGAUAUUCACAGCUUCAACAUUUGUGAACUGGAAUAUCCUUUCUAAUUAUCUUCAAUACAGUCAAAGAAUCAAUAUUGCUUGGAUAUAAAUGUCAAUCUUGGUUAGCGUCUUGAUUAUCUUUAUUUUCAUUGAGAUAUACAACGCUUACUUAUUGAUGAAGUAGAAAAUACUGGAAUCUAGAGAAAAGAAAUAGAAAUAACUUGAAAAGGAAAGGCAAUUGUCAGAAGUGAAGAUUACAGAUCAAAAGGAAUAACUUUCGAAUUAAGAUAACCCGCUAAAUAGGGAGAAAACCAUAUUCUUUAGAGCACGUUAUCCUAGCAAAAUUUAACCUUAAAAAAUUUGA